CGUCUCGGCACUUCGGGAGCGCUUCGCAAGGUCUGGCACCGGCGGCAGAGAGAGGCGGAACCACGGCCAUUUAAAUUCUCGAUCGCGCCCAGCGCACUUGGUUAUAGAGGUUUGGGACGCUGAAGUGUAGUGUUGUAUGCUUUGCGCUCUCCCGUGGCACACCGCGUGAACCAAAGAAAGUAAACGUACAGAAGUGAGGACAUAUUAGUACACACCUGCGUUCCAAAGUGAGUUAACUUGUUGAGUAACCGAAAUGGCUGAGAGUGGAAUAAAGCGAAACAUCCCCAUCAAGUUGGGGGAUUUCAGCGUCAUAGAUACCGAAUUCAGCAACAUCCGAGAGCGGUUUGAUGCUGAGAUGAGGAAGAUGGAGGAAGAAAUGGCUCGCUUCCGGUCCGAACUCAUGACUAGAGAAUCCAACUUCUUCACAAAAACCACCAGCAGCCGACACACCGAAACAAAGGAGACUAAAUCAUCCUCGUGGAAAGGAGCUGAUAUUCCCUCAGCGGACGGGUUCACAGCCUUCUCAAGCACCACCUCCACGACGUCGGCGGCCUCGACCGACGCGCAGAAGGGCGACGUGCGGACUUGGCUGGACGGAUUCAGCUCCCCCCUUAUCCAGGACGAAGGCAACAACAAACUCCUGAAGUUGCGGUUCGAUGUGAGCCAGUACCAGCCCGAGGAGAUUGUCGUCAAGACUGUGGACAACAAGCUGUUGGUCCAUGCCAAACAUGAGGAGAAGUCAGAAAGUAAGUCAGUGUACCGGGAGUACAACCGAGAAUUCAUGCUGCCCAAAGGAACAAACCCUGAGAGCAUAAAAUCCUCUCUCAGCAAGGAUGGAGUACUCACAGUGGAGGCUCCAUUGCCAGCAAUUGAAGGAGAAAAGCUGAUUCCUAUUGCCCAGCAAUAAAGCAGCACUUUGCUUUCCAUCACCACAUCGCCACCAACGCAGCACAUGAGGAGUCACCCUCUGCCGGCACCGGAACAAACAAAGGCCUAAGUUUCCAUCUGCACCUAGUACUAAAAUCUUGCUUCUGUUCCAACUGUUCCUUUUAGGACCAACGCCAAAUAUAGUCACAUCUAUCUCAUUUGUCUGCUGGGCCAACCUGAAUCCACUGAUUGACAACUUGUUCUGUUUUGUCUUCACCCCAAUGCUGAAUAUUUGCACUUUCACACCUGUUCAAUGGAUGUAACCCCUCUUCAGGCAAAACUGAAGAGUGAGGUGAAGCGUCCGAUACUGACAGAUCUUGUCUUGAGGGUAUGUCCAUGUUAUAAAAAAACGGGGGUGAAUGGGUUAAUAAAUAAUGCAACAGCUGUUUCUUUUAAAUAGUAAAACUAACUUACAUCACAAAACAGUCAAAGAAUUGAAAAAAAAAAAAAACUUUUUGGAAAGUGAAGACAGUUAUCAGAAGUUAGCUGAAUUCAAAUUACAGGUUUUGAAUUUCAUUUUGCAUUGUUAUUGUUAUAUGUUGGUGACUCUUUAGGUUGAUUAUAACACCUGUCACGUGGAACUGUUACACACUGAAGGGGACAGAGGGUAUAUAGAUCUUUAAUUUAUUGUGGAACUGAAUUUACAUGUAAAAGUACUAGCAGUAGUUUUACAAAAUUGAAGUUGUCUGCUUGAAAUACAGUCACUGCUGAUAUUGCUUUGUUGAUACAUGGCACUGCAUGUCUUAACAAAUCUUAGUGCCUCAACAAAAUUCAAGGACAAAUCACAUGGUAGUGAGUAGCUCUCUCUCAGAUAUGGCAGUUAACAGUUCUCCCUCAGACUGGCUGCAUGUGCUUGAAUCCCUGCACUAUUUUUGUGAUGAUGCUCUUUGUGGUAUAUAGAGAAAUGCAAUAUUUUGUGCAGCCUAGCUUUCUGAAGAAUAAAAUUAGCUGUAUCAUAUAAACACAUUGGACUGCAUUUCUAUGUGCCCAUACCAGUAUGGAUAUCAAACAAAAACAUGGUCAAUCAAGAUUUACAUUUUCAAGUUAAAUUUUGAGAGCACAGAAUGUGUUUCAUACCACUAAACUAUUCCAUUUUAUAACUGUCUCAUUGUGAGUGAUAUUAAACAUGUUUAUGCAAUGUUUUAUUUUAAUGUCCAUGUAGUCAUGAUUUCUUUGAGCACACAACUGGAUAGCCCACCAUCUCCAUUAUAGCAGUUUUAUCUGGCAACAUUCAGAAAUGAACAAGUGUAUGGAGUCAUGCUAAUGUCAUUGUAUCUUCUGUAUAUUAUGUAUGUUACAAUGCAUUCACCAUUUUGUUCGUUACUACAUAUAAUCUAGAAUCCUUUGUUAAAUAUGCAGUCUUUUUACAGAAAAUAUUAGCAAUAUAAAUUCAGUGUUGAAUAUGAAUAAAAUAUUAAA